AUGGCUUCCGCGGAUGUGGUCGUUCUGUCGGUGAGAAGCGCCAAGCAGCGCAAACCUCGUCCGCUGCAGCUGCAAAAGGAAUGCAGAAUCGACCAGUGUGCUGAGAGCCAGAGCCAGGAGCCAGCCGAACAUCGGCAAGUAACGCAGGAAGUGACGAAUGAGAUGGAGGUGAAGGCUGAAGUCAAGGAAGAGCUGGAGGAGUCAGAAAGCCAGACGGUCAGGGUAGCUGAGACGAAGCUGGAGCAGAAGGAUUUGAAGAGAGAAGUGAAGGAGGAGGCGUCGAAGGAUGCGCAGAUGAAGAUAAAGACGGAGAUCAAGCAGGAGUCGUCCAAAAAUAUCAAGGUGGAAGUCAAGGAGGAUGUCAAGCAGGAGGUGAAGGAGGAGGUUUCGAAAGAUGCAGAUAUGGAAGUGAAGGAAGAGAGCAACGAGGUCGUCAGCUCCCGCCGAAGAAUGCGCACAAAGGUUAAGGCUGAGAUCAAGCACGAAGUGAAGCAGGAGGACAAGAAGUCGCACAGGGAGUCGACUGGUGUCAAGCAGGAGAAAGUGGAUGAGGACCAGCCGGUGCAAAUUAAACAAGAGGGCUUCGAUCAGCCUGUGCCGAAGAGGCGUCGAUUGAGCCAGAAGAGUCCGGACGUCUCCGUUCCAUCCUUCGAGUCGCGAUUGACAGAGUGGGCCGAGAAAUGCCUAGCAUUUCAAUCCUCUGGCAAGACGUGGCUGCCCACGAAGCCCUGCUGCCCGGCCAGCCCCUUUCUCGGCUUGGCGGCAGCGCCGUGGCAAGGAUGCGUAGGAGACAAGACAACUUCAUGCAUGCAGCUCCUCGGCAAAGAGCAGUUCAGAGAGUUGCGAGACUUCUACCGCGAGAAUCCACUCCACACCCUUUUCCAUGACAACAGUAGCCCAAGCAGUGAGCGACAGACAGAGACCACUGCUGGAUCCAGGCCGCAGGCCCACAGGAGCUCAACCGGCAAUCAGCACCGAGCAGCUGAGUGCAUGAAGAUGUGGCCUUGGAUGCGGGAUCUUCCAACACGAGCGUGGGCCGGCAAUGGCUGGCUUCUCGUGGAGGACGGCAUGAUGAAGCUCUCGCCGACCGGAGGGGGCUCCGCCAUGCAGGGCCUCGAGAUCUUCGAGUCCGUGGGCUCCGUCCCGGAACCAGGCGAGCCAUCCAGCAGAGCGGAGCCCAGAGCCGAGGAAGGCCAGGUCGUCACGAAGUGCUUCCGUGGCCUGGAGCGCCAGAGUGGCAUCCAGGGAAUUUGCUGGCACAGAGCGAAGGCCUGCUGGAGAGUCCAAUGGUCAGUUCCCAGCAAGCCCAAUCAGCAGCGUCACUUCCCCAUUUCCAAGCACCUGAAGCUGGGCCUCAGCGAGGCCGAGGCCGACGAGGCGGCCCUCCAGGAGGCCAAGGCUUUCCGCCAGGAGCUCGUGCGCCUGGGGAAGCUGAAGCCACCGAAGACAGUCACCGAGAAGGACUCCGGCUCCACGGUGAGAGGAAUCUGUUAUGACAAAAGCAGCGGAGCGUUUCGGGUUCGAAUUACAGACCCCUCCACCAACAAAAAAGUGCACGGCGGCUACUUCAAGGUGAAGGAGGAGGCCGAGGCCCGGGCUCGGGAGUUGGCCAAGGAGCUGGGGCUGCAGGAGGAGCUGGUGCCAGUGAAGCCGCUCUCGGAGCUCCCAAACUUCGAGCCGCUGGGGCCACAGAAGAACAUCAAGUGGAACCUUGGCGAGCAGGCCUGGAAAGCCCAGUGCAACGUCUCGGGAAGGAAGAGGUGCAUGAGGUUCCGCCCGAAGGACUUCUCGGCGAAGGAGCUGGAGAAGUCCUGGAAGCAGGCGGUGGCCUGGCGCAAGCAGCAGGAGAAGGAGAGGGCGCAGGGUCAGCAACCCCGCAAGUGCUGA